AUGGCUACCACCGACCCAGAGAAGCGGUCCAAGAAGACCAAGGCCAAGGCCGAACCCGAGGCCGAAGCUGAAGUCGAAGUUGCGCCGUCACAAUCCCCCGAGGCGUCCAAGAAGCGCAAGUCCACCGCUGCCGUCGAGGAGAUUGAAGUCGACCUCGAGGCCCCCGAACCCCCAUCCAAGCGCGCCAAGCGUGCCCUGAAGAAGGGCAAGAAGCUCCCCGUCAAGCUCGACAGCGACGAUGAGAGGGAAGCCAAGAAGAAGGAGGAAAAGGAGCAGGCCAAGGCCGCCGCCCGCUCCGAGCACGGCGUGUGGAUCGGCAACCUGCCCUUCUUCGUCACCCCCGACGAGCUGCGCCAGUGGCUCAUUGACAACUCUGGCGAGAUGAUCACCAAGGAGUCCAUCACAAGAUUACACAUGCCCACAACGAAGCAGGUCGGCAAGGACAAGCCCUCCAACAAGGGCUUCGCCUACGUCGACUUCAACGACGUCGCGCCCAAGGUCGCCGCCAUUGCGCUUACCGAGGCCGAGCUCAGCCGCCGUAAGCUCCUCAUCAAGGAUUCCAAGUCGUUCGAGGGCCGGCCGAAGAAGGAAGAGGAGACCGCUGCCGCCGGUGGCGCCGCCGGUGCGGCGGCGGCCAAGGAGGAGGUGCCUAAGAGCAGCAAAAUCUUCAUUGGCAACAUGAGCUUCAAGACGACCGACGACGACGUGUGGCAGCACUUUGAAAAGUGCGGGCAGAUCGAUUGGGUCAAGGUCGCCACCUUUGAGGACACGGGCAAGUGCAAGGGCUACGGCUGGGUUAAGUUCCGCGAGCCCGAGGCCGCCGGCUGGGCCGUCAAGGGCUUCGUCAAGAUCAAGGAGGAGAUCGAGACGGAGGACGACUUCGUCGCCUCCAAAGAUAAGGAUGGCGACGACGAGAUGGCGGAAGGCAAUGAGGACAAGAAGACAGAGGAGAAGAAGUUCAAGCUGAGAAAAUGGUGGGUCAACAAGCUGCUCGGUCGCAUGCUCAAGAUUGAGCUCGCCGAGGACGACCAGACGAGGUACAAGAAGCGGUUCGGCAAGGACGCGCCCAAGAGGCAAGAACAAAAGUCCAGGCGGGACGGCGAGGAGGGCGGCGACGGCGCGGAGGAGGCGACCGAGGAGAAGAAGCCGAGGGCAACCCGGCCCCCGAAGACGGAGAAGCCCGCGGGCGAGCUCAAGGCACAGGACGAUCUCAUGGUUGCGCGGUUGACCGGUACGGCGGCGAAACAUACUGCAUCGCAUUCUGUAUCUCAUGUAUCGCGAUUACAGGCCGAACCUCUGGGAGAAGUCUACCUGCCUGUGCCGGCCACCACCAUCCUCAGCUCCAGCUCGAGUGAUCAUUACCAACCAUGCUAUCCCUGCCACGACCCUGCAUUGAGCGGCCAUGACCUCAUGGUCAUAUGGCAAGAGAUGCUGAAGAGAAAUGCGUUCCUCAUUCGUCUUGUUCGUUGGUACCGACGAUUGCAUCCCACGCGACCUCACGGCUUCACCGUCAAUGCGUUCAUCGUCGACGAAGUAACCCAGCCUGUACCGGCACCAUACUUCCCCAUACUUCUUGGUAGCUGGCGUCUCAUGGCCUGUCUUAUAUUCUGCAACUCGAUUGUCGUCUAUUCUUUUAUCUUCUACUCUGUCUGGUCCAGUCCCAGUCUCGUCAUCACCUCCGUUCUAGUAGUCCAGAUCAUUGCUUUCAUCUUUAGGACCCUUGGGCUAGGAAGCGGCACAUUCACAAUCGGAUCGUUGCUUUCUAGUGUCGGCCAUUACUACGUUUCUUUAUUCUGGCCUUCAAUCUGGUCAUACUUCUGGUUCAUCUACUGCCUGUUCGCCAUCCGCCGACGACGUUUCUCCCAAAACUAUCAUGAAGCUUGGAAACUGAAGUACCCUGGGCACUUCAUUCCCGUCUUCAUCGGACGGUCCGAUUGCGUUCGUAUUCCGCUUCCAGGUCCAGACGAACCUGGGAUGGAUGACCUUCAGAUGUGGAAACACCUCUCCUUCUUCUAUCGUUUGUACAGGAUCGAGGGCGGAUUCUCCCAGGUUCUGCUCCCGAAGGCGCUAAUUAGAUUCGAGAUCGUAGAGAUCACAGAUGAUAUUUACAAGGGACCACUAGUGUCCGUCUUUGACGUCCCCCAGCGAAUCUUGGACUGGGACAUACGAGAGCUGCGACGCGCUUCUGUUUACCGGGAUCUAGCUCAAGCAGACUCGCUCAAGGGAUUGAGGUUCGUGGUUGGAUGGGAUACCACCCUGAUUUCGAUAGUCGUUCUGUUGCCGACUAUCGUCAGCAUUGCCACAGUCGUGGCUUGGCCCAUUGUUGCGGUUCUGAAGUAUGAGGCAGAUGUGCAGACAAGCGUUCAGACUGGGGCGACUGUGGGCAGCUUUAUCGUCACGGCUGGAGCUUUGUUGAUAGGUCUUGUUACGCUGUUCGACGCUCUUGCUAAAUGA